AUGGGAGAGCUGUACUAUAAACCUCUGCAGUGGUUCAGAGGAUCAGCAGUGAAGAGCAUGCGGCGUGGCCCCAGUCCAACUGUCCCCUCUGCUCCACCGUCUGAGCCAACAGGUCUGGGUCCUGGGCCAGAGAGAGCCAUGGUCCAGAGCUGCAGAGGAGGAGCCCAGCCGGCCCCGCACCAGCCUGCCCUACCCUCUGCUCAUCAUAUGCCAUGUGUAUACGUCCACAUUGUUGAGGCUGGGGUCAGGGCUGUUAUCCAAGAGCGGGACAGGGGCAGGGGCCAAACAGACCCUCUGUUCUGCGCUGUGAGCCAGACACUAAAGUCACCCAGGGGCCACGGCACGGUCAGUGCUGAGGCCAGAGGUCAGAGGACAGCCCGAGUGACCAGCAGUAAUGAAUGUCAGACACACAGACAGGCUCUGGUAAUGCUGAGCAGCGGAGCAGAGACUGUGACCGAUGUCCUCCGCCACACAGGGGCCCGUUUCCCCCAAGUGAACGUCUUUAUGAUGAGCGCGCUGAGGGGCCGGCUGUUGUGA